AUGUCUGGGCCACAGGAAUUGCUGCCUCCUUGGCUAUCAAAUCAUCACGUUGAUAAAGCUCCAACGCCUCCCGAACACAUUCAUUUAAGUCCAUGGAACGAUGGAUUCACACCUUCUGGCUGCAAUGAGUGCCCGGGAAAAAUUGUGCGCGACUUUCCUAGAGAUCACGCGGGGGCGUUUGCUGUUUACGAUGCGGCGGUCAGCAAACAAACGGCUGAUUUGCUUUACACCAGUGCCGUGAAGGAUAGAGUUUGGGGCGUGUAUGUACCUGUAAGUCAGCUGCAGCUAAAAAAAUCAUCGAAGAAGAUGCUGAAGCUUAAAGUCGACGAGUCUGAGGACCCAGAGGCUAAUCACCAAGCUUUAGCACGCCGGGCUGUGCAAGAGUUUUUGGUCCAAAAGGAUGCAAAUCAGUGCGUAAGUAAAAAUGACUGGAGACGUACUCAUGGCGUUGCAGUUUGGGUGAUUGCGUCAGAUUGCGACGACAAGACAGAGUAUCACUUGGACUAUGCUGAGCAGGUGCGAUUCGAGACAAAUGUGAUAUUUCCACCUAUUUAUGGUGCAACGCUGCAUGUGAGUCCUCUUCGUAGUGACAGCGAGAUCGAAAACUUGGAUAAAGGUGAUGGCACAAAAGUAUUUAAGGGUGGAGAUUUUUACGUCAAUAUGAAGGGACUAGUGCACUACGACACGUACGGUUACAAGGCGCGCAAACGAUCAAAUCGACCGAGUACAGACGAUAUGGAGAUUUUGAGUAAGUCGGAACCGGGCUGGAAACGCAUAUCAUACAGAUAUCGCCGCGGCAUCCUAUGCGAUGGUGAGUUUCCUCACUUUAGCGGACGUGUGCGCGAAUUGCCGACAACAAUGUCAUCGUCUGGGGAACAUUUACCUGUAAAGCGUGUGGUAGUGGGCUUUAAUCUUAUUCCAAAAGAGAUUGGUUCGUGCGUGUCUAAAUUUCCCGAGCAUAGCAGUUAUUUCAAUCGUUACGUAAGGCUAUCACAAGCGGCAGUGAAGCACACAAAGCUGUUAUCGACAUUAAGUGACUCGGGCGGUUGGACGCUAGAAAGUAUACGUUCGAAUCCAAAGCAAGCCGCAUUUAUUAAACUUCUGGCUCGGAUGAUGCGCGAGAAAAGGCAGCAAGAAGCAGAAGCUCAAGCGCAGGAGUGCAAAAAAUCGUCGCAGUCCCAAGCUAAAGCCCAAGCAAAGUGA